AUGUUGCAGACUUUUGCAAGAGGAAAACUGAACAAGGACCUGCGACAUUUUCUCAAUCAGCGCUUCCAGAAAGGCUCUCCUGAUCAUGAGCUCCAGCAGACCAUAAGGGAUAACCUUUACCGCCAUGCUGUGCCUUGCACAACCCGGUCUCCCAGAGAAGGAGAAGUGCCUGGCGUGGACUAUAACUUUCUGACUGUGAAGGAGUUCUUGGACCUCGAGCAGAGCGGGACCCUUCUGGAAGUCGGCACCUAUGAAGGAAACUAUUAUGGGACACCCAAACCUCCUAGCCAGCCAGUUAGUGGGAAAGUGAUCACGACGGAUGCCUUGCAAAGCCUUCAGUCUGGCUCCAAGCAGUCGACCCCAAAGCGAACCAAGUCCUACAAUGAUAUGCAAAAUGCUGGCAUAGUCCACACGGAGAAUGAGGAGGAGGAUGACGUUCCUGAAAUGAACAGUAGCUUUACAGCCGAUUCCGGUGCCCAGGAAGAGCACACUCUCCAAGAAACAGCGUUACCGCCUGUGAAUAGUAGCAUCGUCGCUGCUCCCAUCACGGACGCUUCUCAGAAGUUCCCUCAAUACCUACCUCUUUGUGCAGAGGAUAAUUUAGGUCCUCUACCCGAGAACUGGGAGAUGGCGUACACCGAAAAUGGAGAAGUCUAUUUUAUAGACCAUAACACGAAAACAACAUCUUGGUUAGACCCUCGGUGCCUGAACAAGCAGCAGAAGCCUCUGGAAGAGUGUGAAGAUGAUGAAGAAGGGGUCCACACCGAGGAGCUGGACAGUGAACUAGAACUACCUGCUGGUUGGGAAAAGAUUGAAGACCCUGUCUAUGGUAUCUACUAUGUAGACCACAUCAACAGGAAGACACAAUAUGAGAACCCGGUUCUAGAAGCCAAACGGAAGAAGCAGCUGGAGCAGCAGCAGCCGCAGCCGCAGCCACAGCCGCAGCCAGAAGAAUGGACGGAACAUCACCCAUGUCUUGUGCCUCCCGUUACUCCAAACCACCCCCCGAGCAAUCCGGAGCCAGCCAGAGAAGCUCCACUUCAGGGCAAACCCUUUUUUACACGAAACCCUUCUGAGUUGAAAGGCAAGUUUAUUCACACGAAGCUGCGGAAAAGCAGUCGUGGCUUUGGCUUCACAGUUGUUGGAGGUGAUGAACCUGACGAGUUUCUGCAGAUCAAGAGCUUGGUCCUGGAUGGUCCUGCGGCAUUGGAUGGCAAGAUGGAAACAGGAGAUGUCAUUGUCAGCGUGAAUGACACCUGUGUUUUGGGACACACACAUGCACAAGUUGUGAAAAUCUUCCAGUCCAUCCCCAUUGGUGCCAGCGUGGACCUUGAACUCUGCCGAGGUUACCCGUUGCCUUUUGACCCAGAUGACCCCAAUACAAGUUUAGUGACUUCGGUAGCCAUUUUGGAUAAAGAACCAAUUAUUGUGAAUGGGCAAGAGACCUAUGAUUCGCCGGCCAGUCACAGCAGUAAAACAGGCAAAGUCAAUGGCAUGAAGGAUGCCAGGCCCAGCAGCCCUGCUGAUGUGGCUUCAAACGGUUCCCAUGGUUACCCCAAUGACACUGUCUCUUUGGCUUCCUCCAUAGCCACUCAGCCAGAGCUCAUAACUGUUCAUAUAGUCAAGGGCCCAAUGGGCUUUGGUUUUACUAUCGCGGACAGUCCUGGUGGCGGUGGCCAAAGAGUGAAACAGAUCGUGGACAGUCCAAGGUGCCGCGGCCUGAAAGAAGGGGAUCUUAUAGUGGAAGUUAAUAAGAAGAACGUGCAGGCUCUGACCCAUAAUCAAGUUGUGGAUAUGCUGAUUGAAUGUCCAAAGGGAAGUGAAGUCACACUGUUGGUGCAACGAGGAGGGUUGCCAGUUCCCAAGAAGAGCCCAAAGUCGCAACCACUGGAAAGAAAAGACAGCCAGAAUAGUUCUCAGCACAGUGUUUCCAGCCACCGGAGCCUGCACACGGCCUCCCCAAGCCACAGCACACAGGUGCUCCCCGAGUACUCACCUGCAGAGGCCCCAACUCCAGAUCAAACCGACAGCUCUGGGCAGAAAAAACCAGAUCCUUUUAAAAUCUGGGCCCAGUCCAGGAGCAUGUAUGAAAACCGACCUAUGUCACCUUCGCCUGCAUCGGGAUUGAGCAAGGGUGAAAGAGAAAGAGAAGUCAGUUCCACGAGUUUUGGAGAAUGUCAGAUUCCAGAUUACCAGGAACAGGACAUCUUUCUCUGGAGAAAAGAGACUGGAUUUGGAUUUAGGAUUCUGGGUGGAAAUGAACCAGGAGAACCUAUUUAUAUUGGUCACAUCGUACCACUGGGUGCUGCUGAUACAGACGGCCGCCUGAGGUCUGGGGAUGAAUUAAUCUGUGUGGAUGGGACACCGGUCAUUGGAAAAUCACACCAGCUUGUGGUCCAGCUUAUGCAACAAGCUGCCAAGCAAGGCCACGUCAAUCUCACUGUGCGGCGCAAAGUGGUGUUUACAGCGAAGGUGGCAGUCGUCCCUGGUGCAGGCCACCCCUGCACCGGUGUUCGUGUUCCUGUGAUUUGUGCCCCCGGCAGUAGCACCGAGUGGGCCCCUCUUGCAGCCAAGUUGAGCCUGAGAGUGGGUACUGAUAGGCCAGGUGCUGUCAGUGACACGAGCUGGGCGUCCCCUGGGGUGUUUUCACGUGGCGGUGGAUACCGUGCAAGAGCCGUGUACCUUGCAGCAGCCCUGGCAUCCGGAGCCUGCCGGGCCGCGGCCUCCUCCCGGGCCGCGGCCUCCUCCCGGGCCGCGGCGCUGCCGUGCAAUGCAUGUGUGGCUAUGCCUCACAAAAUAGGUCGGAUUAUUGAGGGGAGUCCCGCUGACCGAUGUGGCAAGCUGAAAGUGGGAGACCGGAUCCUGGCAGUGAAUGGAUGUUCCAUCACCAACAAGUCCCAUUCAGACAUUGUCAACCUAAUCAAGGAAGCAGGAAACACAGUUACCCUCCGCAUCAUUCCCGGGGAUGAGUCCUCAAAUGCCACUUUGUUGACCAACGCAGAGAAGAUUGCCACCAUCACCACCACACACGCCCCUUCUCAGCAAGGGCCCCAGGAGACCAGGAAUACCACCAAACCAAAGCCGGAAUCUCAGUUUGAGUUCAAAGCACCCCAGGCAACACAGGAGCAAGAUUUUUACACUGUGGAACUAGAGAGAGGAGCCAAGGGAUUUGGCUUUAGUCUUCGAGGGGGCCGAGAAUAUAACAUGGACCUCUAUGUUCUGCGCUUAGCAGAGGAUGGUCCAGCAGAAAGGUGUGGAAAGAUGAGGAUUGGUGAUGAAAUCUUAGAGAUCAAUGGCGAGACCACCAAAAACAUGAAGCAUUCUCGGGCUAUAGAACUGAUUAAGAAUGGUGGCCGCAGGGUGCGUCUGUUUCUGAAGCGGGGAGACGGCUCCGUACCAGAAUAUGACCCCAGCAGCGACCGCCUCGGCCCCGCCGCCGCCGGGGCACAAGGUGUUCCGGAAGUGAGGGCCGCGCCCCCCGACCGCCGACCGCAUCCGUCAUUGGAGUCCAGUUACCCACCCGAUCUUCACAAAUCAUCACCGCAUGGGGAAAAGCGGGCACACGUGAGAGACCCAAAAGGCAGCAGAGAGUAUAUCAGACACCCCACUGAGCAUCACACAUGGAACGGAACUUCUAGAAAACCCGACAGCGGGGCUUGCCGACCCAAGGACCGGGCAGCGGAGGGACGCAGAGAGGCACCCCCGGAGCGGCCGGUGCCCAAUGGCCCCAAGAGGAGGUCCCCGGAGAAGCGCAGAGAAGGCACCCGCAGCGCGGACACCACUCUGGAGAGGAGGGAGAAGCACGAGAAGAGACGAGACGUGUCUCCGGAGCGGAGGCGCGAGCGCUCGCCCACCCGCAGGAGGGACGGCUCGCCCAGCCAUCGGAGGCGCUCCCUCGAAAGACUCUUGGAUCACACGCGGUCCCCGGAGCGGAGGAGAGGGAGCUCGCCGGAGCGCAGGGCCAAGUCCACCGAGCGCAGGCGCGAGCGCUCCCUGGAGAAGAGGGGCAGGGAGGACAGGGUCGGCCACCGAGAGAGGGAAGAGCCCAGUCUGAGACAGGACGCGGGCAGAAGCUCCAGACACGCCCCCGAGCAGAGAAGGCGACCUUACAAAGAAUGUAGCACCGACCUCAGUAUCUGA